CAAAGGCGCUACUGGUAUGUCUCGAGGAUGGUGUCUUUUCUCUUCUCUUUGACUCCUCGUUCGGAUAGGAAGAUAAACUCUGGGUUUGGAUGUUCGGUGCUGGUAUUCUUUAUGAGAAUGUCGGCCGAGGAUGCAGCGAACAGCACCAGUCAGACUUAGUUCGAUCUGUGGGGUAGAAGGAGCAGGGUAUCACUCGUAGAUAGUUUUUUCCGCUUCUUGGAAUCGCCCCCUCGGGGAUAGGGUAGGUAGCAUUAUCUGCGAGCUGUGGUAGCGGUUGGCUUCGGUUAUUAAUACAAGUGCUCUAUGUACUUGGCCUUCUGCUUCAUCAUUUUUUUGCGUUUUCUCUUCUCGGCUGGCGAGGAAGUCGCGGCUUCUGCUUAUGGUGCUAUCUGUUUUGCUACCCCUUGUCUUCCCUCGUUUCCACCGGGGCCCAUCCAAUGACACCCCCCGAAGCGCCUCCCGAUGGCCGGGGGCUUCCGACCCGUGAAUCAACGGUACUGGAAACCAAAGACAGCGUUCUCGUUCCUCCUUCAGGCGAGAAGGGGAUUAGUUCAGAAGAGAGCCCUUCAGGCGAAACUGAUUCGCCUAGAGAGGCCGAGUUCAAGGAAGGAGGCUAUGGCUGGGUUGUGGUGGUGUCGGUAGCGCUGGUCAAUGCCCAUACUUGGGGCCUGAACUCGUCAUAUGCCGUCUUCCUCGCCUAUUACUUGCGGUCUGGCGGCAUCGUUGGCUCCUCGCCGCUGGCCUUUGCCUUUGUCGGCGGGCUGUCCAUAUCAAUAGCCCUGCUGGUGUCCCCUGUUGCCACCUGGUGUAUCGGACGGCUUGGGACAGCCUUCACCUUGCGGGUUGGCGUUGUCCUCGAAGCCGCGUCAUUCAUUGGGGCCUCGUUUUCGACGCAUAUCUGGCAUCUCCUCCUCAGCCAGGGCGUGUGCUUCGGCCUCGGACUGGGCUUCUGUUUCACCGCCACAGUCGGCGUUGUUCCCCAAUGGUUCACCAAACGACGCUCUUUCGCCAAUGCGGUGGCCACUUGCGGCUCCGGCUUCGGCGGGCUAACCUAUGCACUGGCUGCCAACGCCAUGAUCUCCAAUCUCGGCCUCGCCUGGGCGUUUCGCAUCCUGGCCAUCCUGGCCUUCGUGGUGAACGGGGCAUGCAGCCUGACUCUCCGUGAUAGGAACAAGGCAGUCGGCGCAGUCCACAUGCCCUUCCACGCCGCCCUAUUCAGAAAGAUCGAAUUCUGCCUGUUUAUCAGCUGGGGAUUCUUCAGCCUCAUAGGCUAUGUUAUCGUUGUCUUCUCCAUUACCGACUACGCCCAGUCCGUGGGCUUCACGGCGAGUCAAGGGUCGCUGGCUGCCGCGCUCUUCAACCUAUCCCAAGGCAUCGUGAGACCACUCAUUGGAUUGGCGAGCGACAAGUUUGGGAGGAUCAAUGUCGCCGCCCUCGGGACUCUGGCGGCCGGCCUGGCUGCAUUCUUUCUUUGGAUCUUCGCCGCGUCUCACUAUCCCGGGCUUAUCGUUUACGUUCUCUUCGGCGGCUUUGCCGGCAUCGUCUGGCCAUGUGUUGCCCCUGUCGGAGCCGAAGUCGUAGGGCUUCAGUUGUUACCUGCCGCAUUAUCGCUUUACUGGCUGCUUUUGGUUCUGCCGGCGACCUUUUCUGAAGUGAUUGGAUUGAGUCUCAAAAUGCCGGGGAUCCACCCGUAUCUCAAUGUCCAGGCCUUCACGGGGACAAUGUACAUUGUCGCAUUCCUGUCCUUAUGGCUCUUGAGGAGCUGGAAAUUGCACCAGCUGGAGCUGCUGGGGUUGGAUCACACGGAAGAAACUCCUCAGGUUUCUUCUCCCAGUGCUGAGGAGGGUGCAGCUCCAACGAGGCACUCUAGCGUACUGAGCUUUUACCUCAGCAGCAUGGUCAUGGCCAAACGGGUUUGAAACUCGUACAUGUGAUAUUUAGAUAGAAGGAUACCCAGGUACAAACACCAGAAACACUAAUAGAGCCCUCGGGGGAGGAGUCAGACUGGGGAAAACAA